AUGGCCGCCAAAACGGCCAAUACAAUCUGGCCGGAUAACGUCCCAGUAGCCGUCAAGGACACGAUUGAAGAAUUUUUCCAGCUCCUUGACGGCUACACCCCGCAGGCGGCAAGGCAAUGGAGCGAGCUUUACCUUCCAACAGGGGAAUUCGAGGCAUUCUGUAAAAUCUUCAAAGGCCAUGAAAGCACUUACAUGGAAGAUGCGCUCAAGUGA